CUUCUUCCCAGAAUUCAGUGAAGAGCAUUGGUAUCGCUAUGAGGAGCCGCAGCUGCGCAGGGAGUUGGCUUACUAUGACACCAAGGCAGGUGUUAAGCACAGGCCAGUGGGCAGCUGGACGGAGGCAGACUGAAGUUGUUGCAAGAAAAAACAUUCUGGUUAAUGGACCCUCGGGAGAUGCCAACUCUUUUCCCAAAGGGACAUUCUUCAUGGUGUAAGCUGCUCCCCAAAGACACUUUGCAGCCAUUGGUGCAGAGCCCAAGAGGAGAGUCAAACCUGGAAAAGCACCUGCCCAAACUUCUCCUGGCAAGUGGUUUAGAGCCAAGAUGUCCUCCAUGGCUUACCUUCUCCUUUGUCUCUUCAGCAGCCUCCUUGCUGUCACCUACACAGAAGAUGCCACGAAGGACUCCCUGGUCCUUCCUCGGUCUCCAUGUCCUCCUGGGGUCCUUCUUUACAACCGGUUCUGCUAUGAAUUUAUUAAACAAGAAACCUUUUGGGAUAAUGCAGAGCGUAUAUGUGGGGAGUGGGUAGAAGGUGCUCACCUGGCUUCCAUUCUCACUCCAUCAGAGGAAAGGAUGGUCACCAACUACAUUAAGCGCUACACCAAAGCCAAGAUCGUCUGGAUUGGGCUUAAGGCAGAACGCGCUGACAAUGAGCUAAUCUGGAAUUGGAGUGAUUUCUCCCUGUAUGAUUCUGGCUCUGCUCUCUGGGACGACGAAAAACCCAAAACCUGCCCCUCCGAUAAGAAUGAAGAGUGUAUUGCUCUCAGCAAUGUGCAGAAUCCAGCAGAAACUCCCAGGUGGGCUCAGUACCCUUGUAGACACAGCUAUCAAUUCAUUUGCAAGUACAGAGCCUCAUCCUAAACCUGAGGAGGACACACUGGAGCAUCUGGGGCAUGAAGGAAGGCCAUCCUCAAUGACCAAGGGGAGAAGACUCCAUCUAGCAAGAGCCCUGAUUUCCUGAAAGCCGCAGAUCAAGAAGAGAUCCAACAGCUCUCCUAUUCCUGUGCUUUUCUCUCAAAUUAUCCAUUGCAAGCAACACCUCUUUUCCAAAAUGUUGCUGGGUGAACCUGCCUGAUAUCACCUCCUUGCUUUGUCCAAAGUAUUGCACUUUUGCAUCAGAUUGGAACACAGUAGAAACAACGAAGUCUUUUCCAAUCUAAAUCCAACUUGGGUCUUCAUUCUGAUUCCCUCCCAGGACAGAAAUUCUUCCCUUUAGUUCUGAGUGCCAUUUAAUUGUUUGGGCAUUAAAUGAACCCCAGAUGAAAGAAUGCAGAAUCUUCUUCUGGAGAACAUCUCCUCUGCCUCCAUCCACACUUGAUCUGAAAUGGGACCCAUUCAGAUUUUGCAAAGGAGGCAUUCAUGUUGGGUGGGUUUGUUUGGUGGGGUUGAUAGGGCCUCAAAAUGAGACCAACUUGGUUAUGUAUCUAACUUGGUCCCUGCAAAUAUGCCCAGGACAAUAUAGACCCCCACUUUGCUGAUCUUCUGGCCUGCUUCUGCCUUCUUUAAUGAUUCUCCAUUUUUUCCCUCUAAGAUAAGAAUAAAUUCUCUUCUGAACAUAAAAUGCCAUUUGUAUCUCCUUUGUCUUGGUCCAGGAGACUCUGGGUUGGGAAUUCAGCACAAGGGGAUUACUUUCUCCAAACAAGAACCCAAAGGAGCUAUUUUUGGCCUGAGACAGGUGGGCGAGAAGCGGCGUGGCAGCACAGAUUCUAGGAUUCCGGAGUGUGCAGCAACCGCACGCUCUGGAAUCCUAGAAUGUGCUGCCGCUGUCGCCAUGAUGCUGGCCUUCCAUCCGCACAAGGGCCACCAUGAUGUUAAGAUGGACAUCCGGGCAAGACAAUUCCAAGCCAUAUGUCCCUCCGUUCUGGUAGCCAAGGUCUGCUGUCUCAG